AUGGAAUUUCCCCCCGCCUCGUCUCAUCGUGCCCCCACCACCGUCCGGCGAAACCCUCCCCGACGGGCAAAGCAAACACCUCUCGCUGCCGCUCCGGAUCCCUCCUCCUUAUCAUCCGCCGUCGACGGCAUCACCCCCUUCCCUCUCGACGAAAUCCUCCAGCCCGAUCCGCCCCAAAUCCCUCCUCCCGUCCCCAAAUCCCCCGAACCCCAAUCUGCCGAUUCCUCCGAGAACCUCAAGAACAAGAACAAGAGCUCUUGUUUGGCAGUGAAUGAUUCGCACUCGGUCACGCUAUCGGCCCAGCCCUCGCUGCUAGACUUGAAGCGCACCAAAAGCGAGGUGUAUGAUGGCUUUUCCUUUGUCUUUCCGCAGGAUUCUCUUCAGCAAGAAGUUUAUGACAAGGUGAUGAAUCCUUUAGUGUUGGAUUUUAUGGGAGGAAAAAAUGCUCUUUUGGUUGCAAUGGGCCCCACUGGUUCUGGAAAGACUCACACGAUGUUUGGGUGUCCAAGAGAUCCGGGUAUGUUGCCUCUCGCAUUACGACAGAUUUUUAGUCAUGCAACUGGAAGUGGGGAUCCUUAUUCAUCAAGUUCAUAUUACUUAUCAAUGUUUGAAAUAUAUUCUGAACGAGGGAAAGGAGAGAGAAUCCUUGAUUUAUCUCCAAAUGGAAUUGAUUUGUCUCUCCAACAAUCAACCAUUAAGGGUCAUCAAGAGGUUAUGAUUUCUAAUCUUGCAGAAGCAGAGAGUCUAGUGACAUGUGGAAUGUUGAAACGAGCUACUGCUGCAACAAAUUCAAACUAUCAAUCAAGCCGAUCUCAAUGCAUCAUAAACAUUCGUGCUGCUCGUAAAAGUGUGGAUGAUGAACAGCAUUUUCCCCCAAAUAAUGCUGUUCUUACCAUAGCAGACCUUGCUGGAGCAGAAAGAGAAAGAAAAACAGGGAAUCAGGGUGCUCGAUUGUUAGAGAGCAACUUCAUCAACAACACAUCGAUGGUUUUUGGUCUGUGUUUAAGAUCCUUGCUGGAACACCAAAAAAAUCCAAAGAAGCCAUUGCACAAGCAUUUCAAGAACUCGCUGUUGACUAGGUAUUUGAAAUAUUAUUUGGAAGGCAAGAAGCACAUGACUCUGAUCUUGAAUCUCUUUCGGGGGAGGGAAGAUUAUGCAGAUACGUCCUUCUUACUAAGACAGGCAUCUCCUUACAUGAAAAUCAAGUAGUACUUCAAUUUCUCUGUCUUCUUUUCAAAGGGAAUAUUUAAAUGUGUCACCUGUUAGGUUUCAACAUUUUUAGUUUCUAUAUAUUUCGGAAAUCACUGCUUCGAGAUCCACAUUUUUGAAUGUCAAAUAUGAUAUUGUUGUCUGUGUAAAUCAUGUCUAUUUUCAUGCUACCUUGGGGAAACCCUCUUGAGUUUCUUUCGACAUGUUUUCUAGUCUGGACAAAGAGGAAAGUAGUCAAUGUGCUAAUCCAUGUGCU